AUACAAAUAAUAAUAAUAAUUAUGUCAAUCUCACAACAAUAUUCAAUGUUGUGCACAGCAUUGUUGAUGUGCUCAAUGAUGAUGGCCGCAUGUUUGGCCAACAACCCACCUAAUAUACCAUAUGAUCAGUCAACUGCUGAGGACUACUUGUUGUUGUCAUACAAUGCUUAUUGUCCAGAGAGUGUUAUUACUUCAUGGAACUGCCAACGCUGCCAAGACGACUUCUCCAUCGUCAGCAACCCAAUAGUCAUCUACAACAACAGCACUGACACACUGUGCUACGUGGCCACCUAUGGCGAGACAGUGUUUGUGGCCUUCCGUGGCUCCACCGACAUUUCCAGCUGGAUCACCAACAUGAAGUUCUUCCAGACCAGCUACCCCAAGGUGGCCGGCGGUGAGGUCCAUCUCGGAUUCUACGAGGCCUACAUGUCUGUGCAGGCCGAUGUCCAGAACGCCCUGUCCUACCAUCUCAAGAACUGCCCAUCGUGCACCAACAUCGUCGUCACUGGACACUCACUGGGCGGCGCCCUCGCCACCCUCUGCAUGGCCGACGUCGUCGAGUGGUUCUCAGCGCUCCCAACCAUGUCCUACACAUUCGGUUCGCCACGUGUCGGCAACAUCAUCUUUGAGGAGUACUACAACUCGAUCCAGCCAAACACAUGGCGUGUCGUCAACCAGAAGGACAUCGUGCCCCACGUGCCACCCCAAAUCCCCAUCCAGUACCAUCACGUCUCCAACGAGAUCUGGUAUCCAAAGAAUGCCACUGGUCCCUACGUCGUGUGCAAUGACUCUGGCGAGGACCCCAAGUGCUCAGAUGCCGUCAGCCCCCUCUUCUACAACGUCUACGACCAUCUCCACUACUUCAACCAAGUCAGUGGAUGUCCA